AUGCCAAGAUCACAUGAUCCGUCUCUGACUUACUCAGAUGUCGUUGUCUGGAAGAACCUCAUGUACGACAUAGACAAGAAGGAAAACUUGAGCUCUCGAUCCGGGGAUCGUGACGACUUGUCUACAAGCAAGCUAUUAGAUGACGUCAACAAUCCGAAGGCAGCACGCUUUCAGCCUACCGUCUUUACAUCUUGGGACCAAAGCGAUACCCUGCCUACCGUUCUGCGUUAUAUCGUUGAACCAUAUGUGGAUUGGGCGAGAAGAGUAGUCCGCACACCCACAGAUGUCGUCUUCUUGACACACAUCUUGCUCUAUACCUCAACGUCGGUGCCUAGUGCUGUCCGACUGUUCUUCCAUUUUACUUGGACCCACGGUGUAUUCCACUGGUUAAUGACAUCGUACUACUGCGGUGCUUUCACAAUAAUGUUACAUAACCAUAUCCAUAACAACGGCGUUCUAGCCUCUAAUCUAGCUUUUGUGGACAGGUUGUGGCCAUAUUUGUUAGAGCCUCUUAUGGGCCACACUUGGGAUUCCUACUAUUACCAUCAUGUCAAACACCACCAUGUCGAAAAUAACGGUCCUGGCGACCUUUCUUCAACAAUAUGGUUUCAACGUGAUGACUUGCUGCAUCUCAUGUACUAUAUUGGGCGCUUCUUGUUCUUCAUUUGGUUUGAACUGCCGCUGUACUUUCACCGCAAGGGCAAACGAUCGCUCGCGAUCAAAUGCGCUAUAUCAGAGCUCGGAACCUAUGCUUUCAUCUACUUAGCGGCUCGGUGUAAUCUCCGCGCCACAAUGUUUGUAUUCUUGAUUCCCCUAUUACAGAUGCGCAUUGGUAUGAUGGUCGGGAACUGGGGACAACAUGCUUUGGUAGAUGAGGAGGAGCCGGACUCGGAUUUUCGAUCCAGUAUCACCUUAAUUGACGUACCAGUAAGCAUUUACGAUUCCCCACUGCAUGCGUCAGAAAGCAUCACGCCGACUUCAAGGCAAUUUACCGCGAGCUCGACUUCUGCUUCGCACUUUGCUGACCAGCGCUCCCUAGUCUAA